CAGCGUCAGCGGUGCCGGGAUGGAUUGGUCUACUUCGACGGACCGGCUGGGCGGCUGUUUUUUUGAAUGGUACAAGUUUUUAUAAACGUUUGCGUGAAGCAAGAAGAUGAGCGAUGGCAUCUACAAAACAAAAGAUGAGCAAGAACAAGGAUGAUGCUCCCCCUGAGUUGGAGAGCCAGUGUAUACUACGGCUGCCUCUGGAAUAUGCUUCUACUGUGCGGAGGGCAGUUCAGUCUGGAAGCGUCAACUUGAAAGACAGGCUCACCAUUGAAUUGCAUGCGGAUGGCCGCCACGGGAUUGUACAAGUGGACCGUGUCCCAUUAGCUGCCAAGCUGGUGGACUUGCCCUGCACCACAGAGAGCUUAAAAACCAUUGAUAAGAAAACUUUCUAUAAGACUGCAGAUAUUUGCGAGAUGCUUGUGUGCACUGUGGAUGGUGAACUCUACCCCGCCCUGGAAGAACCAGCUACUGGUACUGACCCCAGAGCCAACAAGAAGAAAGAUAAGGAUAGGGAGAAGAAAUUCAUCUGGAAUCAUGGCAUUACUCUUCCACUGAAGAACGUGAGGAAGAGGCGGUUCAGAAAGACAGCCAAGAAGAAGUACAUUGAGUCUCCAGAUGUGGAAAAGGAAGUGAAACAUCUGCUGAGCACAGAUGCUGAAGCUGUCAGUGUCCGCUGGGAAGUCAUCGCCGAAGAUGAAACAAAAGAACCUGACAACCAUGGUUCACUCACAGGCCUGGAUAUUUCUUCUCCUGGAAUGUCUGGACACAAGCAAGGCCAUGGUUCAUCGGAACGUGAUGAACUCCAGGAGAUAUUUAAUGACAUCAGCAGCACCAGCAGCGAUGAAGAUGAGAGGGAUCACCAUGAUGACGAAGACUUGAAUAUCAUGGACACGGAAGAAGACCUGGAGAGGAGGCUGCAGGGCAAGCUGAGCGAAUCAGACAGACAGCAGCAAGAAAAUGAAGGGAGCAACCAGAUAGCCAUGGGAAUCCAGAAGCAGAUCGACAACCUGAAAGGCAAGCUGCAGGAGACCCAGGAUUGCAGGAAACGCCAAGAGGAGCUUAUCAUGAAAGUGGAGAAUCUGGCGCUUAAGAUGAGUUAA